AUGUGUAUCUUGAGGCUCUUCUAUUGUGGCGUUUUUCCUGAAUUCAAUAAACUUACGUAUUUGGCGCGGUUCUGUCCAUCUAAUAAGAUCCCUCUUAGCGAAAUCCCUGACACACACAAGUUCCUUCACAUCGAAGUAUUACAUCGAGCUGCCAGAUGUUACAAAGCGCAUACAUGGCAUAUGGGCGGCACCACGUGUCCUGGCUGGGUUGAGGGAGAGGAAGAGAUGUUACUCACGCAAAUGGCUGAUGAAGGUGUCAAUAUUCUUAAAGCUUUUGACAAGGCCUUCGAAUAUGAUCAUGAUAAUUGUUGGAUUAAGGAAAAGGUAUGGAAGCGUGGAAUGAGCUUUGCAGAAGUCAUCCACCAGGUAAAGAUGACCUUGACUGGAAAGAAAAUCAAAAGGAGAUUCAAGGUAGAUGAACGACUCGGAUGGACGAAACCUUGGAUAAAUGAAACCUCUCUUGCGGAACAGGAACAAAAUACCCCCAACUAUGACAUAGUCCAGGAAGUUUAUGAUCAGAAGCAUUUGGCAGUUCUUGAUCAAGAGUCAUCGAAAGCUUGUGCGAAAUUUUAA